AAACUGGACGAAAACUUGAAACCACCACCAAAACAGAGACGUUUGUGUGAAGUAAAGUGACGGGAGAGAAAGCAAAAGACCAGAGGUUACUGUCAGAGAAAUGGGAUCGUCUUCAGGGCAAAGUGGAUACGAUCUGUCGUUUAAGAUAUUGUUGAUUGGAGAUUCUGGAGUUGGUAAAAGCAGUUUGCUUGUCAGCUUCAUUUCUAACACCACUGAAGAUCUUGCUCCUACCAUCGGUGUUGAUUUCAAGAUCAAACAAUUGACAGUAGGAGGGAAAAGACUGAAACUCACAAUCUGGGACACAGCUGGACAGGAACGGUUUAGAACACUGACAAGCUCUUACUACAGAGGCGCCCAAGGAAUCAUUCUCGUGUAUGAUGUGACGAGAAGAGAGACAUUUACAAACUUAGUAGAUGUGUGGGGUAAAGAGAUUGAGCUUUAUUCCACUAACCAAGAAUGCGUUAGGAUGCUCGUUGGCAACAAAGUUGAUAGAGAAUCUGAGAGAGGAGUUAGCAGAGAAGAAGGGAUUGCUCUAGCGAAAGAACUCAAGUGUAUGUUUCUUGAAUGUAGUGCUAGAACUCGACAAAACGUAGAGCAGUGUUUCGAAGAGCUGGCAUUGAAGAUAAUGGAGGUACCUAGUCUGUUGGAAGAAGGAUCAAGUGCAGUGAAGAGAAACAUCUUGAAGCAGAAAACAGAACACCAGACUACUCCUCAAACUGGAUGUUGCAGCUAAUGAGACUAAAAUCCAUGUUCAUAUAAAAAACUUGAAUGGUUCUUUUGUGUAUUGCAAUCUUAAUCUGAUUCUUCUCUCUGAGGUUGCCUCUUCUGUGUGUAACAUAAUGAUUAGUUCCUCCUCUGUAAAUUUGUGUGACUCCUGUUGUUCUUCUUUUGCUUCUGAAAUGAGAUUUGUAAUAAGAUCAUAUAGUAGAGUGAAUAAGUUUGAUUCUUCUAUGAACUGUUAAGUAAGUU